AUGAGUUCCUCACAGCAACCCGAUGACGAUCCCUAUGGAGCCAUUAAAUUUGGCGAGUUUCGAAAGUAUAUGCAAAAUAAGAAGUCAAAAUUGAAAAAGCAAGAAAAGGAAUUGAAGGAACAAGCAAGCCAAGACUUGCCUCAAAUAUUUUCUGGAACUUCGAUUUAUAUUAAUGGCUAUUGUGAUCCACCCGCUACUGAACUACGUAGAUUGAUUUUGCAGCAUGGAGGCGAUUAUCAACACUAUUUGAAAAAGCUCAGCGUGACCCAUAUCGUUGCAACCAACCUGACGAAUUCAAAAUUACAAGAAUUUCGAGCAUAUAAAGUAGUAAGACCAAAUUGGAUAGUGGAAUCAAUAAAUGCGAAACAAUUAUUACCAUGGCAAAAUUAUCGCUUAGCUUCAAAAUGUUCAGGUCAAACAGAACUUCCUUUCCAGCCAAAGGCAAUAGCACCGUUACCACAGCCGCAUAUACAGCCAGAUGAACAGCAAUCACCUUCCGAGCAGAAUAAUCAGAUAGUGAACAAAAUACCAGACCUACAACAGCAGACAUCUCUUUGCAAUUUGAAUGCUAAACCGGCUACUACGGGUGAGGCAUUGAAUGCGGACCUACUCAGUAAUAAAUGGGCCAGGGAAGUGUCUACUGUAAACCCAGCAUUCAUUAAAAGAUACUAUGAGACAUCUCGGUUACAUUAUCUAUCUACUUGGAAGCAUGAAAUAAAAAAAAUUGUGGAAGCGUUAGAGUUGAACAAUGUUAAAUCAUUGAAUAGAUCUCCAUUUACAGGAGCAGCAGAAAACAAGAAGCGGAAGCAUCCUUCCUCACCUCGUGUCAUCAUGCAUAUUGAUUUUGAUUGCUUUUUCGCUUCCGUAGGGAUUAAAGAUAGGCCACAUUUGAAUGAUAAGCCAGUCGCCGUUACUCAUAGUCGAACUGCAAGUGAGACAUCAAAAAGUGAUAUAGCUUCAUGCAAUUAUGUGGCACGUUCGUAUGGUAUUUAUAAUGGGAUGCAUAUUGGAACAGCAAAACGCCUUUGUCCUGAUUUACAAGUUAUUCCAUAUGAAUUUGAAAAAUACAAAGCUGUAUCUACUAAGUUUUACGAGGUUAUUCUUCAAUACGCUAAUAAAUUACAAGCCGUCAGCGUAGAUGAAGCAUUGAUAGAUGUAAGCUCUCGUAUAACAACAGCCUUUGAAGACAGUCAAAAAGAAAUAGAAGAGCUUGCAACCAAAAUAAGGGACGAUAUAAGAAAUGCUACAGGUUGUGAAGUGAGCAUAGGCAUUGGUCCCAAUAUUCUAGUGGCAAGAAUGUCAACGAGAAAAGCGAAACCAGCUGGUCAAUAUAUGUGCAAGACAGACGAGGAUAUUGAGCAUCUUUUGGAUAAUCAACAAGUGGGUGAUUUACCAGGUGUUGGCUUUGCAAUCGCCGAAAAACUAAAGCAAUUGAAGAAUGUAGAGUCAAUUGGCGAUUUGAAAAAGGUGCCGCUGUAUGAACUUCAAUCAAAAGUAGGCGAGAAAAUGGGUCAAACUUUAUACAAUUUUGCACGCGGUAUUGACGAACGCCCGUUGACAACACAUCAAGAACGAAGAUCUGUUAGUGCCGAAGUGAAUUGGGGUGUAAGAUUUGAAAACGAAGAGAAUCAAAAGGCGUUUGUAGAAGGGCUCGCAGUAGAAGUUUCUUCUCGUUUGAGGAAAUAUAAUGUGAAAGGGAAGUCGAUUACAUUAAAGAUUUUGAAACGGAAACAAGAGGCUGGAGAAACUGAGAAGCUACUAGCUCAUGGAAUGGUUGAUGCGUUCUCUAAAUCCUACAAUUUGAACAAUUAUACUGAUGAUGCUGAAAUAAUCAGGAAACAUGUGCAUAAUAUGCUGAAAUCUUUUCACUUCCACUAUGCUGAUAUACGAGGUCUAGGGAUACAUAUCUCUCGUUUAAACAAUCGGGAGACCCUACCAUCAGCUAAUCAAGGCAGAUUGGAUUUCAUGAAAAGCCUCAGCCCUAAUAGGCAUGUAACAUCCGAGACAGAGCCACAAUCGAAGGACUUAACUUCGCAAGCAUCCCGCCGCAAGGAAACCAUGGAGGUCAGUAUUCAUAUUUUUAAAGAGCUACCUGAAUCAGUGCAACAAGAGUUGAAAGCUGCAUAUAAUAUCCAAUACACAGAGUCGAAAUCAGAGGAAGAAGAGCGACGUAAUAAUGUGGAUAUAUCAGAGGCAGCACAGCCUACAUCCAUACAUAAGCUUGGUUCUGACGCAUCGACCUCUAUGAGCAUAUCGUCUGCUGAACUUCCACCUUGGUCUCAAUUAGAUCCUGGUUCGCUGCUUGCUUUUCCUGAAAAGACAAGAAUACAAAUAUUGAAAUACUAUGGAGAAAAGAAUGAAAAAAUGGUGACAGAGAAUAAAGAGUUGGACAAGCAUCUUACUACUACUGGGGCUGCUGCGACUGGGUCAUCAAAACCUACCACAGCUACUUUUGGUCCCUGGAGCCCGCAACCUACAAAGACACCAAAAACAAGUGGCGAACGUCCAAAAGUAACUACGCCAAAAAGCUCAAGUGGCAGUAAUAAAACACCACGAUUAGUUCGACGGUCAAAAGUAAAUAAAAGUAAUGCAAGCACCAUAACCAUCACACAAUUGUUUCAAUCAGGAGGUGGUAGUCCGUCAGCCCAGCGAGUGAUUGGCUCACCUAGUGCUGGUGCUAUUAGGAGUCCUUCCUUUCGCCAGCCAAACAACGGAAGAUUUUAUUCAGUAUUCGGAAUACCAUCUGUACGAGAAGCUACGGAAGAAGAAGAUGGCUAUGACCUUUCUUUCGAUACAGAUGUUCUGAAUGAACUACCGAAAGAGAUGCGAGCUGAAGUAUUACAGGACUAUCGAACUGUGAAAAAAGCAAAAGUUAAGAACAAUGAAGAUACGCGUCUCAACUAUACUAACGAAUUCGUGACAGUUAAGCGUGUCGAUCUGCCACGUGCAAAAGAACCUGCUCUACAAGAUACCGCUUAUAUAGGCGAUGUAAGGGAAUUGCUUAAUCAAUGGGUUCACUCGUACGAGGAAGGGCCAGAAGAUGGAGAUGUGGAAACCAUCAAGCACUAUUUGAUAGAACUGGUCCAGUAUCCAGAUCUGGAAAAAGUGCAACUAUUGAUCAUGUAUCUACAAUAUUUAAUACGAAAUCACCUUUCUUCUAGUAGCGCUUGUCUUUGGAAUACAGUAGUGCAAGAUCUGCAAAACGUAGUAAAUGACAAGGUUACUGCUUCUUAUGGUUGUCCUCUGAAAUUUUAG